UUUAAUAUUUUAUCAUAUAAAUAUUAAAAAAUGUCUAAUGAAGCUGAGGAGAAUCCGCCAGAAGCCCCACCUGAAGGCUUAACGUCUGAAGGGGCAGAUGCGGCAACGGAUCCUGUUCAGGAACAUGCGGGAGAUGUAGAGCAUGUUGCUUCAAAAAUAGAUGAGGUUGCAAGGAGAAUGUCGAGAAAACAGUCUAUGUAUCCAGCAACACCUGGAACAUCCACACAGAUUGUUGAUAUAGAUAGGACUGCAUUAGAUGCUAUUCUCGAUGUUUCUUCAAGACUGAAAGACAUUCAGAAGAAAAGUAAAGUUUCAAUGAGUACUUUGAAUUUAGCUCACGAGUCUUACAAGGACAAACAAGCUAAAGCGAAAGAAGCUCGAAAUAAUAGAGUAGGAGGAUUAAAAUCGCAGAGUAGAUUCUUAUUGGAGAGUGCAGCUGCGAUGUUAAAUAAACCCGUUGAAUAUAUAUUGGAUGGUGUAUUUGAUGCAGACAUUCAUAUCGAUAUUUUAGACAGUGCUUUAGUCGAAGGCGGUAGGAACUGUUUUGUUCUAUGUGAUGCUUUUUUACCACCUUUAAAAAUGGAAUCUGGCAGGUAUGUACCCAAUCAAAAAGGAAAAAUGGAAAGAACAUAUAUUUCGGACACAGCUAAAAUAGGAACGGAAGGGAUGUGUGUAGCAAUGUACAGAAUUAAAAAUAAAACUGUUGAGAUGAAAACAGUGGCGGACGAUUUUUUCCUGGUGAUAUUUGAUAUGAAUCAAGAAACUGAAAACGUCGUAUCUGGUAUAUAUGCAACUAUGCAACGUGUCUACGUAUCAGCUUUACAAGCUUGCCAGGCUUGGGGAGAUUUAAAUCCACCUAACCCUAAAAGUGAAGAAAAAAUAAAAACCUAUAUAUCAAAGAUAAUGUUGUUUAUUGAUUAUUUAGCAAAAACGAAAAUUGAUUUGGAUUGUUGUACGAAGUUUAAAAUAAACUUAACAUUAUAUGAGGAAGAAUUGGCUGAUCAAGAAAAAAUGAAAUUAGCAGUUACAAAAACGCACGUGCUGGAAGAAAUCUGUUCUUUCGUGAAACAGUGGGUCAAACAGAUAAUGAUGGUGCUGGUGCAAAGUCAGCAACUACGCCGAGAGCCUUCGAAUAUUGGACCAUUGGCUGAGCUAGAUCAUUGGCGCCGACAACUAACUUCCUUUACUUCGAUCAUAGAACACAUAAAAUGCGAUCCCUGUCAGAUGUACAUACAUACGUUGAUCCGAGCAAAGUCUAAGCUCAUUAAGAAAUGGAGGCUCAUCGACAAUCAAGUAACAGACUAUUACAAUGAAGCGUUUGAUAAUGUUAAAUAUCUAUAUGCCUUAGAAAAGUAUUGCGAACCUCUUUACAGGUGCGAUCCACUUACAAUGCAACAAUUCAUUCCUGGACUUUUGUACACGGUUCGAAUGGUAUACGCAACGUCUAGAUAUUACAAUACCACGAAGCAGAUAUCCACUCUGCUCGUGAAGGUCACAAAUCAGAUUCUCAACAUGUGCAUGGAUUACUUAACUAACGGCGACAGAAAGACAAUUUGGAAUCAGGACAAACUCAGAUUUAUUAAAAAGGCCAAGUUAUGUUUGGACCUGUACAGCUUUUAUCGGGAAUGUUACAAUGAAACUCAAUUAGAGAUGAUGGAGGCGGCCGAUGAACGACCGUUUGAUUGUUCUGAAAUGUACAUUUUCGGAAAGUUUGAAACGUUUCGGAAAAGAUUAUUGAAGAUUGUAGACCUAUUUCAAACGUAUAUAACCUAUUAUGUUCUUAAUAAGACAACUCUAGAAGGCAUUGAGGAGUUUGCGGUAAAUUUUAACAAACUCUUCAAAACUAUUUCAUCGAAAACCUACGAUGCUCUAGACCACAGGCGACCUGAUUUCGACAAAGAUUAUAAAGUGUACAAAGACAACAUUGCGACACAGGAACUGCUGUUAGAGAAUUUUAUGAUAACGAGUGUGAACAAGUGUCCCACAACAGAGAUCGCCUUACACUUGCUUGAAAGAUUCAAAAAGCUUAAGCUUGACUGUUUGUAUUUAGAGGAUCAAUACUAUGAUCUGAUAAGCAAGUAUACCGCUGAGAUCGAGUCUAUUCGUGACAGAUACAAUGAAGAUCGAGAAAAUCCUGAUCUACCAAGAAAUAUGCCUCCAGUUUCCGGUAGAGUAAUGUGGAUAAGAUUUUAUGAUAAAAAUAUUAAAUAUCCAAUGAAAGAGUUUAUGAAACAUCACGAAGUUAUCACGCACAUGAACACGCAGAGGUGCAUAAAACUGUUUAAUGUUAUGUGCAUUGUUUUCACGGAAUUCGAGUAUAUAUAUCAUUACGCAUGGACAGAAAAUGUAGGACAGGUGAGAUUAGGUCUGGUAUCACCUCUACUGAUUCGCCAUCCAGUGACCAAUAGGUAUAUUGUAAAUUUUAAUAUUUACAUACCGGAGUGCAUUCGAGAAGUCGAGUACAUGUGGCAGUUGGGGCUGAGUGUUCCCGACACAGCUCAAAUUGUUGCUUUCUGUAAAGAGAAGAUAUUUGCAGACUAUGAACGGAUUAAAUAUUUGGUGAAUCGUAGUGAUCAGAUUAGAAGAAGUAUGCCGAAACUUUAUCUUCCUUUAUUACGUGCCCAAUUGAUCAAGAUGGAUAGUGCGUUUCAAUCAGGCUUGUCCAUCAUAACUUGGACAUCCUUAGAAAUUGUUUCAUAUUGUGAAAACAUUGAACGCGUAUUAGAUGAAGUGGAUCUUUUUGUUAAAGAAGUAGUGGACAUCAAAGAAGCUCGUAUCGAUGCUAUAUUGCAAUCGGUAACUAAAACUUUAUUAGUGUAUCUUCCGAAUAAAGCUGUUGAUCCGAACACGUUUUAUGAAGAUAAUCUCAUAAGGCGAGAUGAAAUAGCACUGGAUUUGCAGCAAAAGUCUUGGAAUGCUGAAAUCGCUGUAAUAGAACUUAUAAAUAAAUUUUUGAACAGUGUUCCUUCUCAGCAGAUUCGUGAUCUGAAAGAUAAUUGGUUGGAUAUAGAUAAAGCUUUAAAGCAAGUCACUUCAGCCACAAGAGUGUUUCCUGAAGAUGCUGCUUUCAUGGAAAUUGAGAAUCCGGAUCGAUUUGAUACUACACCUGCGAUUAAUGAAUGUAACGAACUCUUUGCCUAUUUCGCUACGAAGUGUUUAGAAUCUCUGAUAAAAUGUACAAGACAGAGUUUAGAUUUAUUGAGGAAAAGAGCAUCAGUGUCCAGUUUUCUAACAAUGACUACUGAUCCCGAGGAACAAAAAAAAUUGAAUCCACUCAUGUUGACGAUGAUGUUUUUGGAAAUUCCAAAAAUAUUGAUUAAGCCGUCUUUAGAAGAAAUCCAGUCUGCUUUCUCACAGGUUGUGUUAAAUUGUAUAAUGGACAUACAUCGCAGCGUGUUUAUGUGGGGUCAGCAAGAUCAAAUUAAGAAAGAGAGGAUGAAUACAAACUCCCUUACGGCCACGAGAAGCGUUACUGGCUCCAGGUCUGGUUCAAAUAUGAUCGGAAUCAGAAAUUACUUUCGAAUGGUCUCAGAACACAAGGAUAUUGUUAGGGCGGUCAUGGCGUUACAGGGAAUGAUGUACAUGUUUAAACCAGAUAUUGAGAAAUUGUUAACAGGGUACACUAAAUUUUCUCACUUAUGGGAUGAAAACAGGGUGCAAAAAGUUCAAGAUUUUGUUGAUACGAAUCCUUUGAAUGUUAUCAUACGAGACAUGUUCAAGAAAUACGAAAACCAAACAGAGGAAGUUCUUAAUUUGCCUGAAAGGCAUAUUAUAGGAUCUAUACAGAUAGACAUGGAUAAAAUUAAAUUGGCCUUACAUAUUGAGUCCGUGGAAUGGAAAAGAAUCCUGGGUAAAUUACUGAGUCACGCUUAUAAAGAGAGGGUGCUUAAAUUGAUGCAAUUUAUAAAAGACCGCAUGAAGACCAUGAGCAAAAAGAUUAAAGACUUGGACGAUGUCAGAGUAGCAAUGCUGUGCUUGGAAAUGAUUCGCGAGGAAUUUAUUGGAAUGGAUGUGGAAUUAGAUUUAAUCGAAGAGAGUUACGGCACUUUUAGUCAAUUCAAUGUCGACAUACCGAAAGAAGACGCUGACAUAGUAUAUGGAUUGCGAUAUGCCUUCCAAAACAUGUUAACAACGGCUGCACAAGUCCAACAACGGAUAGUUGAUAUGCAAGGACCUCUUCAAAAGGAACUGACUGAUGGUGUUUCAGCUUUUAAUAAUGAUGUGCUUAAAUUCGAUGCUGAUUACGAUGCGUUUGGACCGAUGACGCCUGGACUUACGGCGCGAGAAGCUAGUGAUAGAGUUAUUAUGUUCCAAUCAAGAUUUGAUGAGUUGUGGCGUCGAUUCGAAAUGUAUUCGAACGGUGAAAAGUUAUUCGGAAUGGAAGUUAAAGAUUAUCCCAUACUUCAUCAGAAGAAGAAAGAAUUCAAUUUACUCAGCAAACUGUAUAGUCUUUAUUUGGCCGUAAUGAACUCUAUUGACGGUUACUUCGAAACUCCAUGGGUGGCCAUUGAUAUCGAGCAAAUAGUAGCGCAAUUAGCAGAAUUCGAUUUAAGAUGUCGCAAGUUACCACGAGGAAUGAAAGACUGGCCGGCGUUUAUAGAUUUGAAAAAUAAAAUCGACGACUUUAACCAAACUUGUCCUUUGUUGGAAUUGAUGGCGGAUAAAUCCAUGAAGGAUAGACAUUGGAAGAGAUUAGAGAAAUUAAUGAACUGCGUCCUGGAUGUGGAAUCUGAAACAUUUACUCUAGCUAAUGUCAUGGAAGCUCCAUUACUAAAGAACAAAGAAGAUGUUGAAGAUAUCUGCAUCAGUGCAGUCAAAGAAAAAGACAUAGAAGCAAAAUUGAAACAAAUUAUAGCAGAUUGGGCGGUUGUAGACCUUACAUUUGCUCCGUUUAAAAAUCGCGGAGAACUGCUAAUUAAAGCUCAAGAGACGCUUGACAUUAUAACAAUGCUGGAAGAUUCGUUGAUGAUUUUGAAUUCAUUAGCGUCAAAUAGGUACAAUGCUCCUUUCAAGAGAGAUAUAUUGCUAUGGAUAAAUAAAUUAGUUGGCACCACAGACAUUUUGGAGAAAUGGCUUCAAGUGCAGAAUUUGUGGAUGUAUUUGGAAGCCGUGUUCGUAGGCGGAGAUAUUGCUAAACAAUUACCCGCUGAAGCAAAGCGAUUUGGGACAAUAGAUAAAACAUACGUAAAGAUCAUGUAUCGUGCACGCGAUAUUGUGAAUUGUGUGGAAACGUGCGUGUCGGAUGAUACUCUGAAACAACUACUACCCCAUCUAAUAGAGCAGCUAGAAGCUUGUCAAAAAUCUCUCACCGGCUAUUUGGAGACAAAACGGCUCAUCUUUCCGAGAUUUUUCUUUGUCUCGGAUCCGGUGCUUCUAGAAAUUCUUGGACAAGCAUCCAAUCCCCAGUCCAUCCAGCCACACUUACCAAGUAUUUUCGAUGCUAUGUACACAGUUGACUUUGAUGACAAAGAUCGUAUUAUAAAUAUGAACUCUGAUAAUGGAGAAUGUAUUCCUUUAGAUCGCCCCGUUACUUGCGUUGGAGGGGUUGAGAUAUGGUUAAACACUUUACUGGACACGAUGAAAGAUACUGUCAGAAAUAUUAUCGCUAGUAUUGCUCAAACGAUGGCGGGAGAUCCAGAUUUUGAAUUUUUAGUUGGAUUUUGGAACUUCCCCGGACAGGCAAGUCUGUUAGGAAUGCAAAUAUUGUGGACGAGUGAUGCAGAAUACGCCUUGAAGAAAGCGAGAGUGGAUCGAUUUAUAAUGAGACUUACUAAUCAAAAGAACUUGGAUUUGUUGAAUGGGCUAAUCGAUCAAACAGUCAAAGAUUUGGUGCCUCUUGAUCGAACCAGAGUAGAAACUAUGAUUACGAUUCACGUGCAUCAGAGAGAUAUCUUCGACGACCUAGUCAGGAUGAGAAUAAAAACUCCAGCAGAUUUCGAAUGGCAGAAGCAAGCUCGCUUCUAUUAUUUUGAAGACACGGAUGAUUGUAUUGUAUCUAUUACCGACGUAGAUUUUAUUUAUCAGAACGAGUACUUGGGUAUAACGGAACGUCUCGUAAUCACCCCAUUGACGGAUCGUUGCUACAUCACAUUAUCCCAAGCGAUAGGUAUGAGUAUGGGGGGAGCCCCCGCAGGACCAGCUGGUACCGGCAAGACUGAGACAACCAAGGACAUGGCGAGAACAUUAGGGAAAUUAGUCAUAGUAUUUAACUGCUCCGAUCAGAUGGACUUCAGAGGAUUGGGCCGCAUCUACAAAGGCCUAGCGCAAUCUGGUACAUGGGGAUGUUUCGAUGAGUUUAACCGUAUUGAAUUACCUGUGUUGUCUGUAGCAGCACAGCAGAUUUAUAUUUGCCUUACAGCACGAAGACAAAAGAAAGAUUUCUUUAUUUUCAGCGAUGGCGAUACGGUGAGCUUAAAUCCAGAGUUUGCCUUCAUUAUCACAAUGAAUCCCGGUUAUGCUGGUCGACAAGAAUUACCAGAAAAUUUGAAGAUUCAGUUUCGAUCCGUGGCCAUGAUGGUACCAGAUAGGCAGAUCAUUAUCAGGGUGAAAUUGGCCAGUUGCGGUUUUAAGGAUAAUAUUUUAUUGGCUCGUAAGUUUUUCACACUGUAUAAACUCUGCGAAGAACAGUUAUCAAAACAAGUACAUUACGAUUUUGGACUUCGUAAUAUUUUGUCCGUUUUGAGGACCAUGGGCUCGCAGAAACGGGCAAAUCCAGACAGUACGGAAGAAAACAUUAUGAUGAGAGUAUUGAAAGAAAUGAAUGUAUCAAAACUUGUGGACGAAGACGAACCCUUAUUCGUAUCCCUAAUUGAAGAUUUGUUCCCUGGCAUUAAGCUGAGUCAAACGUCACAUAAGGAGAUGCAACGUGCUAUUGGCGUGGUCGCGGAUCGAACCGGCUUAGUCAAUCAUCCUGAAUGGAACUUAAAGAUUAUUCAAUUGUAUGAAACGUCGCUCGUACGACACGGACUUAUGACGAUGGGUCCAACUGGAUCCGGGAAGACUACGUGUAUUCAUACAUUGAUGUCUGCUUUGACAGAAGUCGGAAGACCUCAUAAAGAAAUGAGAAUGAAUCCUAAAGCCAUUACAGCUCCACAAAUGUUCGGUCGGUUAGAUGUAGCGACUAACGAUUGGACUGAUGGUAUAUUUUCCACAUUGUGGCGGAGAGCAUUGAAAGUUAAGAAAUCAGACACUACUUGGAUCGUUUUAGAUGGCCCAGUCGAUGCAGUUUGGAUUGAAAAUUUAAAUUCAGUGUUAGAUGAUAAUAAGACCUUGACACUGGCAAAUGGUGAUCGUAUUUCAAUGGCACAGAAUAGUAAGCUGGUAUUUGAGCCGGACAAUGUGGACAAUGCUUCGCCUGCUACCGUCAGUCGUAUGGGCAUGGUUUUCUUAUCGUCUUCUGUGCUUAAGUGGCAACCAAUCUUGGAAGGGUGGCUAAAAACUAGACCACAAAAAGAGGCAGAUUGUUUCAGAGUCGCUUUUAAUAAGGUAUACGAUGACGUUCACUCCUUCGUACAACAAAAACUGCCGGCUAAAAUGAAGUUACUAGAAGCUAUUUACAUCAGACAAUGUAUUGACGUCCUAAUGGGCUUAUUGCAAAUUGAAAUUCCUGGCGGCAAACUGCACACGGACCGACAUUUAGAACGAUUGUUUGUAUUCGCGAUGAUGUGGUCCCUGGGAACAGUUCUAGAGUUGGAUGCUCGCUAUCGUAUGGCGGAAUUUAUGACGAAACUACCAGUUCGUAUCGAUUGGCCCGGAGCACGCUCUAAAGAAUGGGUCAUGCCCUUCGAGUAUAUGGUCAAUGAGGUCGGCGUCUGGCAACACUGGUCUGAAAGCGUUGAAGAUUUUAUUUAUCCAUCAGACAGCGUACCAGAGUAUGCUUCUAUUCUAGUGCCUAACGUUGAUAAUGUUUGUAUAUCAUUCUUAAUCGAUACAAUUGCUAAACAAAAUAAGGCAGUUUUAUUGAUCGGUGAACAAGGAACUGCCAAAACUGUAAUGCUCAAAAGUUACAUGGCUAAGUAUGACAAUGAAGUUAAAUUAUUUAAGAUGAUAAAUUUCUCAUCAGCCACCACUCCAAAUAUGUUUCAGAGAAUUAUCGAGUCCUAUGUUGAAAAAAGAGUAGGCAUGACUUAUGGUCCACCUGGUGGAAGAUCGAUGACAGUUUUUGUAGACGAUAUAAAUAUGCCUGUCGUCAACGAAUGGGGUGACCAGGUAACAAACGAAAUAGUUCGUCAAAUGAUGGAAUGUGGAGGUUUCUACUCAUUGGAUAAACCCGGAGAAUUUAUAAUAAUUGCGGAUAUACAAAUGUUUGGGGCAAUGAUUCAUCCUGGGGGUGGACGAAAUGAUAUCCCUCCACGAUUAAAACGCCAGUUUAAUAUAUUUAACUGCACACUACCAAGCAACGUUUCAAUGGAUAAAAUCUUUGAAACUAUAAGUGCUGGUUACUUUUGCAAGACGCGAUUUGAUAAGAAGAUUGCAGAUUUUAUGCCGAGAUUAGUACCUGUUACACGUGUAAUGUGGCAACAGACAAAGGUAAAAAUGUUACCAACGCCAGCGAAGUUUCACUAUGUGUUCAAUCUCCGGGAUCUGUCCAGAAUUUGGGAAGGUAUACUCACUAUUAAGCGAGAUGAGUUGCAAAACAUCAAAACUGGCCUGAAAUUAUGGUUUCACGAAUGCUUAAGAGUAAUAUCAGACAGAUUUACGACAUUUGAUGACAAAGAUUGGUUUGUGGCCAAUUUUUGGAAGACUGCCACCCAAGAAUUGCCGGAUUUGGUCAACGAGUUCCCUGAAGAAGAGACGUACUUCGUUAACUUCUUACGCGAACCAGUCGAUCCAACUGGCGACGAAGAAGAAGAUUUUAGUACUGAUGCUCCUAAAAUAUAUGAAGAAAUACCGUCGUGGGAUUUCGUGUUAAUGAAACUAGGUCAAUUCCAAGAACAGUUCAAUGACGCAAUCAGAGGAGCUCAUUUAGAUUUGGUUUUCUUCCUUGAUGCGAUGGUCCACUUGUUUAUCAUAUCGAGAAUUAUCAAUACAGCACGUGGAAACGCCUUACUCGUUGGAGUUGGCGGUUCUGGUAAACAAAGUUUAACAAAGUUGGCUACAUUUAUUGCCAAUUUUUCAUUUUAUCAAAUAACAUUAACAAGAGCAUACAAUGUCAACAAUUUCAUGGACGAUAUAAAAAUUUUGUACCGGAUGGCCGGUCUCCAGGGACAAGGCGUCUCGUUCAUAUUUACGGACAACGAUAUUAAAGAUGAACAAUUUCUCGAAUUUUUGAACAAUAUCCUGAGUUCGGGUGAAAUAGCUAACCUUUUCCCUAAGGAUGAAAUGGAUGAGAUACUUAACGAGUUGACGCCAAUCAUGAAGAAAUACGCUCCAAAGAGAAUACCAGUACCGGAUGUAUUGUAUGAAUACUUUAUAAUGCGGUCGAGGGCAAAUCUUCAUGUUGUCUUGUGUUUCUCGCCGGUCGGCGAAAAAUUCCGGAGCAGGGCUAUGAAAUUCCCUGGGCUCAUUUCGGGAUCAACGAUGGAUUGGUUUCAAAAAUGGCCAAGAGAGGCAUUAAUUGAAGUCGCUCACCAUUUCCUCUGUGAUUUUAAUGUGGUAUGCUCAAAUGAAACAAAACAACAGCUGAUAGAGAUAAUGGGCAUGGUGCAAGAUAACGUGGCUGAUACAUGCUCCAUGUACUAUGAGAGGUUUAGGCGACAGACUCAUGUCACCCCCAAAUCCUAUCUAUCUUUCCUCGAAGGGUAUAAGGUGUUAUAUAAGGAGAAGCACAUGCAAAUAGCUGAACUGGCAAGGAGAAUGACAACGGGAUUAGACAAACUGGUAGAAGCUGCGGCAAGUGUCGAUGUACUUAAAAAAGAGCUUGAGGUAAAAGAAAUGGAAAUAAAGGAAGCAACAGCUAAAGCAGAAGAGGUUUUGGCUGCAGUAGCAGAAUCGGCAGCUGCAGCUGAAGUAGUUAAGGCAGAGGUUUUGGCUGUUAAAGACCGUGCCGUGAAACUUGUGAGUGUGAUUGCCGCUGAGACUGCCGUUGCUGAAGAAAAACUUGCUGCUGCUAAACCAGCUUUGGAUGCUGCUGAGGCAGCGUUACAGACUAUAAACGCAGCAGAUAUAGCAACCGUACGAAAAUUGGGCAAGCCACCGUAUCUUAUUACUCUGAUUAUGGACGCCGUAAUACUGCUAUUUAGAAAACGUAUUGAUCCAAUUAGACCUGAUCCAGAAAAACAGUUCCUGACUGCAUCUUGGGCCGAGUCACUGAAAGUCAUGGCGGAUGCAAGAUUUUUGAACAAUUUAAAGUUUUAUCCUAAGGAUGAAAUUAAUGCCGAAAUGGUGGAUUUACUGCAGCCUUAUUUUAGUUUUAGUCAAUAUACAUUCGAGGCAGCUAAGAUUGCUUGUGGUAAUGUCGCUGGUUUAAUUUCAUGGACUAUUGCGAUGGCCCAAUUUUACUCAGUGAACAAGGAUGUAUUACCAUUGAAAGCUAAUCUAGCUGUGAUGCAGGGCAAAUAUCAAGCUGCUAAGAGAGAACUCGAAUCAGCUGAAGCAUUAUUACAGGCAAAAGAGCGAGAACUGGGUGAAGUUCAGCGUCAGUUUGAAGAGGCGAUGUCGUUGAAGCAGGCGGUGUUAGACGACGCGGCAAAAUGCCAACAGAAGAUGGACGCGGCCACUGCGCUCAUCAACGGUCUGAGCGGCGAACGAAUCCGCUGGACGGAGCAGUCUGCUCUCUUCAAAUCUGAGAUAGAGCGGCUUGUUGGUGAUAUACUGCUCCUCACUGGAUUUUUAUCCUACACGGGACCAUUUAAUCAAGAGUUCAGAAUAUUGUUAAUUCAGAAUUGGCUGCACGAGUUAUUGCGAAGAAAAAUACCUGUUUCUAUAAAUUUAAGCAUCACUGAUCAAUUAACGGAUGCUGCUACGGUUGGUGAUUGGAACUUAUGCGGGUUACCAACUGAUGAGUUGUCGGUACAAAAUGGAAUUAUUGUAACUAAAGCGUCUCGUUUCCCGUUGCUAAUUGACCCUCAGACGCAAGGGAAGAAUUGGAUAAAGAAUAUGGAGAAAUUUAACGAUCUUAUCGUUACUACUCUCAAUCAUAAAUAUUUUAGAAACCAUGUAGAAGAUUGUGUAUCUCUUGGAAGACCAAUGUUGAUUGAAGACGUAGCCGAGGAACUCGAUCCAGCUUUAGAUAAUGUUUUGGAAAAGAAUUACAUCAAAAUCGGUUCUUCGUAUAAAGUAAAAUUAGGGGAUAAGGAAAUAGAUGUCACUGCGGGUCACAAAAUCUAUAUAACGACGAAGCUCCCUAACCCUGCCUACACGCCGGAAAUAUCUGCUAGAACUUCUAUAAUAGACUUUACGGUCACUAUGCAAGGUCUCGAAGAUCAGCUAUUAGGUCGUGUGAUCUUGACGGAGAAAGCGGAGAUGGAAGCGGAACGUACUCAGUUGAUAAUGGACGUAACAGCCAAUCGUCGAAAGAUGCAGGAACUAGAAGAAAAUCUGUUGCACAAACUGACUACAAUACAAGGUUCUCUUGUAGAAGAUGUGUCACUUAUUCAAGUUCUGAAUAUUACUAAGGCUACUGCGACAGAGGUCAGAGAGAAGCUAGAUGGCGCCAAAGAAACCGAACAGAAAAUUAACAUUGCACGUGAAGAGUUUCGCCCGGUGGCCACUCGCGGUUCGGUCUUAUAUUUCUUGAUUUGCAACAUGUCGCUCGUGUGCAACAUGUACCAGACCUCUUUGGCGCAAUUCUUAGAAAGAUUCGAUAUUUCCAUGGAACGGUCGCCGCAGAGUCCUAUUACAUUUAAAAGGAUUGCGUUCAUCAUUGAGUAUUUGACAUACGACGUGUGGAAGUACAUAAGUCGAGGUUUCUAUGAAAAGCACAAGUACCUAUUUACUCUACUACUAACAUUAAAGAUCGACAUUCAGAGAGAAUAUAUAUCUUAUGAUGAAUUUCAAACAUUUAUAAAAGGAGGUGCUGCGUUAGAUUUAAAUGCUUGUCCUCCGAAACCAUUCAAAUGGGUAACUGAUAUGUCUUGGCUUAAUUUGGUACAACUUUCCGGCUUAAGACAAUUUACAAAUAUUCUCGACCAAGUCACAAAUAAUGAAAAGGGUUGGAAGAACUGGUUUGACAAGGAAGCUCCUGAAGAUGAACCUUUACCAGAUGGAUACAACAGUCUAGAUGUUUUCAGAAAACUUUUAGUUGUGCGGUCGUGGUGUCCUGAUCGAACAUUGGCGCAGAGUCUGAAAUAUGUGAUAAAUUCAAUGGGGCCGAAGUUUUCUGAAGCAGUUAUUGUUAAUUAUGAGCAAAUGGUCGUUGAAUCACGACCACUGGUCCCACUUAUCGGGUUCCUCGCCAUGGGAUCCGAUCCAACACCAUCUAUUGAGCAAACUGCAAAACGACUUGAGUGUUUGUGUUCCUCUAUAUCUAUGGGACAAGGUCAAGAGGUCCACGCAAGAAAACUUAUUGAUAGAGCUCUGAAAGAGGGAUUGUGGGUGUUGCUUCAAAACUGUCAUCUUGGUUUAGAAUAUAUGAUAGAAAUUAUGGAACAAUUUGCAGAGUUGGAGAAGGAACCAGAGAAAGUUCAUGAAACAUUUAGGCUCUGGAUUACAACUGAAGUACACGAUAAGUUUCCUAUAACUCUUCUCCAAAUGUCUAUCAAAUACACCUGUGAACCCCCAUCGGGUAUAAAAGCAGGUUUAAUGAGGACGUAUGAUUCUAUGAGUCAAGAUUUUCUAGACUAUAGCGACAGUCCGUUCUACCUGCCUCUUAUAUAUACGAUUUCUUUCCUACACACUGUCGUUCAAGAAAGACGGAAGUUUGGUCCAUUGGGUUGGAAUAUCCCGUAUGAGUUUAAUUCGGCGGAUUGGUUAGCCUCGUGUAUGUUCGUUCAGAAUCAUUUGGACGUUUUGGAGCCUGGACAGUCCGUUAGUUGGACCACAGUGCGAUACAUGGUUUCGGCCGUACAAUACGGUGGUCGAGUGACUGAUGAUUAUGACAAUCGUUUACUGGGCACAUUUUGCAAAGUUUGGUUAACUGAACAAUUAUUCUCCGAGGACUUCCAAUUUUACAAGAAUUAUGGCAUCAUGAAGUUCAAGAAUAUUCCCGAAUAUUUAGAAGAAAUUGAGAAAAUGAAAACUGUGGAUCCACCUCAAGCUUAUGGAUUACAUACAAAUGCAGAUAUUACUUAUCAAAGAAAUUUAACACAAGAGCUCUUGGAUACAAUUCUUUCGAUUCAACCGAAAGAGUCGAGUUCGGGUGGCGGGGAAACCCGUGAAGCGUCAGUUUAUAGGCAAAGUAAGGAAAUGCUGGAUAAAGUUCCUCCUAACUUUGAUCCUCAUGAGGUUAAGGAAAGGCUAAGGUAUUAUGGAAUACUGAAUUCGAUGGUUAUAUUUUUGCGACAGGAAAUUGAUAGAAUGCAGAAAGUAAUUUCUUUAGUCAGAACAACGCUCAAAGAUUUAUUGCUCGCUAUUGACGGAACUAUUAUUAUGAAUGAGGCAUUACGAGAUUCACUGGAUAAUAUAUACGACGCGAAAGUGCCUAACAUCUGGCAGAAAGGUUCAUGGUCGUCGUCCACGCUCGGUUUUUGGUUCACGGAAUUUCUGGAGCGGAACAUUCAGUUCUCGACCUGGUGCUUCCAGGCCAGACCGUUCUCAUUUUGGAUGACUGGAUUUUUUAAUCCACAAGGGUUUUUAACGGCCAUGCGACAAGAAGUGACCAGAGCUCACAAAGGUUGGGCGUUGGAUAUGGUGGCUCUACACAACGACGUCACUAAAGCGAUCUAUGAUGAAGUAAAGGCUCCACCUGCGGAAGGUGUGUUUGUGCACGGUUUGUUUUUGGACGGCGCGGGCUGGGAUCGGCGCAACCAGCGGUUGAUUGAAUCUACGCUGAAGGUCCUGUACACGGCUUUACCUGUCGUGCACAUUUACGCAAUCAACUCCACCGCUCCCAAAGACCCUAAGCUCUAUCAGUGUCCAGUUUAUAAAAAACCACGCCGUACCGACCUCACUUUCAUCACUCCUUUAUGGCUGUGUACUGUCAAGAACCCAGAUCAUUGGAUUCUUCGUGGUGUUGCUAUUUUGUGUGAUAUUAAGUAGAUUUGUUUGAAGAUAUGACUUUGAGACAUUGUAUUGAAAACAAUUACAGCUGUGCUCUAUACCUCUU